CCCUCGUCUCCAAAACUACUUUCGAUGCCUUUCACCUCGCCUUUCGCGCCAUCGACAGCGACGGCUGGCCGUGGAUCUAUCCAACUUGCCCUUCUGCCGCCCAACACGCCUGUUCUUCGCAAUGUGUCCUAUCAAUACCCGCUCAAGCUAGUUGCACCGGACGCUUUGCCCCCUCCUGACCACGAUAGUGACGCGAAUGCGCCUGAACUAGUUCAUACCGUCUUUCUACUCACUUAUGGAGGCGGAAUCGUGGCAGGAGACGGCAUCGACCUUUCUGUGAAUCUUGACCAGUAUACACGACUCGUUUUGCUCACACAGGGCUCAACCAAGAUUUUCAAGACCCCCGAUCCAAAGCUGGUUUCGAGGCAGCAUAUGGCUGUCCGCUUACAUCUUGGUUCUGCGCUGGUCUAUUUGCCAGACCCUGUGCAGCCCUUUGCCCAUACUUCCUUCUCGCAAUCUCAAAUCUAUCACCUAGAGGACGCUCAAGGGAGCCUGUGCGUGUGUGAUUGGGUGACGAGCGGUCGCUCUGCUCGGGGAGAGGAUUGGGAUAUCUACGAGUACAAGAGUAGGAAUGAGGUUUGGUCUUCAGGCGUGAACGCAAAGAAGAGGCUUCUGCUCAGAGACAAUCUUAUUCUGGACAAGCAUGGUCGAACCGACAUGCAGCUUUCUGCGCGCAUGGACAACCAUGCAGUCUUUGGCACCUUGAUCAUCCACGGGCCAGCUUUUGCCUCGCUAUCGCAGUACUUCCUCGAUGAGUUCGAAGCCCUGCCGCGCAUCGGCGGGAGAAACUGGGGCGAUACUACGCAGCCCGACCUCAACCCAAAGGAACAGAGGCGUGUCGAUCGGCAGGAGCAAGAGCGUGCGAAUGGGCUGAUUUGGAGUGCGGCUCGCGUCAGAGGCUUUGUCCUGGUGAAAUUCGCAAGCAGGGAAGUGGAGGGCUCACGCCAUUGGCUCCGAGACAUGAUAUCGGAAGAGCAUUCAAUACUCAAUAAGUUUGGCGAAAGAGCAGUGCUUUGCCUAAAGUGA